GUCCCGCAAUAUGGCGGCUUGUACUUUCAGCGGGAAACUCACCGAUCGAGUAAUGUCCGUUACGCUCUGCAGUUCGUUUUCAACAGUUCGUACGUGUGGUUGCGGUUGUUUUUCAAAAACGUUCAGUGUCACAUGAACAUAAAUAAGGAUAUAACAACAAAGGCAAUUAGACAAGAGAAACGUACUUUGCAGAUAACCUCAAGAAUCAGCACGUUUUGUUUGCAUAAAUUGAUAAAAGGCAGUAAAGCCGGUUUGUUUACCUACACGAUAACUGCCAUAGAGAAAAGCUGUCGUCACAUCAAUACAAUGGUCUCUUCGCAAGAACUGUACACAAAUCCAAUUACUAUAUAUAUAGAAGGAAAUAUAGGAAGUGGCAAAACAACGUUUUUAACUCACUUUCAGAAAAUUAAAGAUGCUACAAUAUUGGAAGAACCAGUAAGUCUGUGGCAAAAUGUAGCUGGAGUGAAUUUACUGGAUCUUCUGUACAAAGAUCCAGUAAAUUAUGGGUUCCUCUUUCAGUCUUAUGCUCAAUUGACUAGACUGCAGUUUCAUACCAUGAGUACACCGUCGCCUUACAAAAUCAUGGAAAGAUCCAUAUUUAGUUCAAGAAUUUUUUUAGAGAAUAUGAAGCGUACGUCCAUGAUAAGACAUAUGGAAGCUGAGAUCUUGGAACAAUGGUACAACUGGUGUAUGGAAAAUACUAAAAUAAGAGCAGACCUGAUAGUGUAUCUAAGAACGUCGCCCGAAGUUGUGUAUCAAAGAAUGCAAGCUCGCGGACGUAAGGAGGAAAAUUCUGUUUCGUUGGAAUACUUGAAGCAAAUUCACGAACUUCACGACGACUGGCUCGUGAGGCGUACUUUGUUUUCUGUACCAGCACCGGUUAUGAUUGUGGACGGUGACAAAAGUCUCGAGGAAAUGGUGCCACAAUUUGAGAAGUGCAAAGAUCGGAUACUUAGUGAGAAAAUUGAUGACACAUCAAAUACCAGAAUAGUCUUAAAUACUAAAGCGUAAUACCGGCACAUAUUUUUAAUAUUUGAUCUUAUAUAAUAUAACUUUUGUAUUUUAGACUAGUAAUUUAAAACAACUGAUGUUAAAGGUGUUGAGAAUUUAAUAGAGAAAAUAAUUUAAUU